CGCCCAUCCCGGUUACUUUGACAACACAAAGGACUUCACGGAACUCGCAGGCUCCGCCCACCUUUCCAAAUAAGGGCAGACUCUCCAUGUACGGCAAACAAUCGGUGCGAGAUUGCCCUUUUCUCUUCCUUAUCCCGUUUAUAUGAUCGGAGAGGAACUGCGCUUCAGGUUGGAAGCGGUGCGAUCAUGGCCGAGCGAGUCCAGCAGCCCCCAGCCAAGCGGCUCUGCUGCCGGCCCGGCUACAACCCGGCAUGCAGGCAGGGGCAGCGGGCUGGAGGAGUCCUGUGUGGCGGCGCGGGGUCCGCUCCGGGAGGGUCGGGAAAUGGAAAAACGCACAACCCCGAGUCGCUGCUCGACAUCGCGGCGCGCAGAGUCGCGGAGAAGUGGCCGUUCCAGAGGGUGGAGGAGCGGUUCGAGAGGAUCCCGGAGCCCGUCCAGCGGAGGAUCGUAUAUUGGUCAUUCCCACGAAGCGAGAAGGAGAUCUGUAUGUAUUCUUCUUUCAACGCCGGAGGAGAGGAAAGUGGAACUAGCGGGGACAAUAAUGACGAGACCCAGCUGCCUUUCCUCCGGGGUGUCACUCUGCUGGAGGGUGGCUGGGUGGACAACGUACUGCAAGUCGGCUUCCACCUCAGCGGCACAGUGACGGACCCUGCUACGCCCUCGUCCCCGGAGCUCGUGUGCAGCGUCAGCGUGAGCUUCGACCGCUGCAAGAUCACGGCGGUAACGUGCACCUGCGGGAACAAAGACAUCUUCUACUGCGCCCACGUCGUGGCGCUCUCCCUCUACAGAGUACGGAAGCCCGAGCAGGUCAAGCUGCACCUGCCCAUCUCAGAAACCCUCUUCCAGAUGAGCAGGGACCAGCUGCAGAAGUUUGUCCAGUAUCUGAUAUCGGUGCACCACACAGAAGUGCUGCCCACCGCGCAGAAACUGGCCGACGAGAUCCUGUCGCAGAACUCGGAGAUCAACCAGGUCCACGGCGCCCCGGAUCCCACAGCAGGAGCCAGUGUGGACGAUGAGAACUGCUGGCACCUGGACGAGGAGCAGGUUCAGGAGCAAGUCAAGCUCUUUCUGUCCCAGGGAGGAUACCACGGCUCGGGCAAGCAACUCAACCUGCUCUUCAGCAAGGUGAGGGAGAUGUUGAAGAUGCGUGACUCCAACGGAGCGAGAAUGUUAACACUGAUCACCGAGCAGUUCAUGGCCGACCCUCGGCUGGCACUGUGGAGACAGCAGGGCACCACCAUGACCGACAAGUACAGACAGCUCUGGGAUGAGCUGGGCGCCCUGUGGAUGUGCAUCGUACUGAACCCGCACUGCAAACCGGAGCAGAAGUCAUCGUGGCUGCGCCAGUUGCGCAGAUGGAACAGCGUGGACGUUUGCCCCUGGGAGGACGGUAACCACGGCAACGAGUUGCCCAACCUCACCCACUCACUGCCUCAGGGUGCCCAUGGCAACCAAGAGAUGCGUCCCCACAGGACUGUGUUCACUCGGGCUAUCGAAGCCUGCGACCUGCACUGGCAGGACCGACACCUCCAGCACAUUAUCGCCAGUGACCUCUAUGCCAACUACUGUUACCAUGACAACCAGGAGGGUUCCCUCUUUGACUCACGCGGCUGGCCCUUAUGGCAUGAACAUGUCCCGACGGCCUGUGCGAGGGUGGACGCCCUGCGCUCGCACGGCUACCCCAGAGAAGCCCUCCGAUUGGCCAUCGCCGUGGUGAACACGUUACGGAGGCAGCAGCAGAGGCAACUGGAGCACUUUCGCCGGCACAAGAAAGAGCUGCUCCAUAAAGGCCAUACCUCCAUCACUAACAUGGAGGGCUGGGUGGGACACCCUCUGGACCCCAUCGGCACCCUGUUCAGCACCCUGACAGAGUCGGGACGAGCGGGUGAGGAGGGCUCCAACACGUGCUUAGAUCUCUCAGUCUUAUCAUGGCUCCUCGCAGACUGCUCCAGCGUUGUGAGCAGGGCCGACCUCCAGCGAAUGCCCGUGCAGCGACUGCUGGGAGACGGCGAGUCGUACGUGGCGCUGGCGGUGGAGACGGCUCUGAUCGGCUUGGGCCAGCAGCGGGUGAUGCCCGACGGGCUCUACGCUCAAGAGAAAGUGUGUCGCAACGAAGAGCAGCUGUUGGCAAAGCUGCAGGAAGUGGAACUGGAUGACUCCUUGGUCAAAAUCUUCCGUAAACAGGCCGUCUUUCUGCUGGAGGCUGGUCCGUACUCUGGCCUUGGAGAGAUUGUCCACAGAGAGAGUGUCCCCAUGCACACCUUCGCCCGCUAUCUCUUCACUUCUCUCCUACCUCAUGACGCUGAACUAGCGUACAAAAUUGCACUGAGAGCCAUGCGGUUGCCGGUGUUGGAGUCAACAGCCUCGUCCGGAGACCUGUCGCGACCUCACCAUAUCGUGUCCGUAGUGCCCAACCGUUACCCGCGCUGGUUCACCCUCAGCCAUAUAGAGUCUCAGCAGUGUGAGCUGGCCUCCACCAUGCUCACCGCUGCCAAAGGUGACAGUCGCAGGCUGGAGACAGUCCUGGAGUCCAUCCAGAAAAACAUUCACUCCUCAUCGCACAUCUUCAAACUGGCACAAGACGCGUUCAAGAUCGCUACUCUCAUGGACAGCCUCCCCGACAUCACGCUUCUCAAGGUCUCUCUGGAGCUGGGACUACAGGUGAUGAGAAUAACUCUGUCCACGUUAAACUGGAGGAGGAGAGAGAUGGUGCGCUGGUUAGUCACAUGUGCCACAGAAGUUGGUGUGUACGCACUGGACAGCAUCAUGCAGAGCUGGUUCACCCUCUUCACCCCCACAGAAGCCACGAGCAUCGUGGCCACCACCGUCAUGUCCAACAGCACUAUCGUCCGCCUCCACCUGGACUGCCACCAGCAGGAGAACCUGGCCUCCUCCGCCCGCACCCUCGCCCUGCAGUGCGCCAUGAAGGACCCCCAGAACUGCGCCCUCUCCGCCCUCACGCUCUGCGAAAAGGACCACAUUGCCUUCGAGACAGCCUACCAGAUUGUACUGGACGCGGCGGCGACGGGGAUGAGCUACACGCAGCUGUUCACCAUCGCGCGGUACAUGGAGCACCGCGGCUACCCGAUGCGGGCGUACAAGCUGGCCACGCUGGCGAUGGCGCACCUGAACCUCAGUUACAACCAGGACACGCACCCGGCCAUCAACGACGUGCUGUGGGCGUGCGCGCUCAGCCACUCGCUGGGCAAGAACGAGCUGGCCGCCGUCAUCCCCCUGGUGGUCAAGAGCGUGAAGUGCGCCACCGUGCUGUCGGACAUUUUGCGGCGGUGCACGCUGACCACGCCGGGCAUGGUGUCGGCGCUGCACAGCCGCAGGAACUCUGGGAAGCUGAUGUCGCUGGACAAGGCGCCGCUCAGACAGCUGCUGGACGCCACCAUCGGGGCCUACAUCAACACUACGCACUCGCGGCUCACGCACAUCAGCCCGCGCCACUACAGCGAGUUCAUCGAGUUCCUGGGCAAGGCCCGGGAGACGUUCAUGAUGGCUCACGACGGACACAUCCAGUUCACCCAGUUCAUAGACAACCUGAAACAGAUCUACAAGGGCAAAAAGAAACUGAUGAUGCUGGUGAGGGAGAGGUUCGGCUGAGGGGGGCGGCCCGGGGUCGCCAAGCGCCGCCCCUCCCCACUCUAGUACUUUUCUAUUAACUUGAGUCUGCCUUUUGAACUUCUUUUGGACUUUUUAGACAAGUAAUAAGAGGGAUGUGACUUGUAGAAUGAAGCAAAAAGAGGAAAAGAUGACAAAAAAAUCAACAGAGCCACAUGCGGUAUUAUUGUUCUUGCUGUUGUUAUUGUUAUAAACAUUAUUGCUAUUAUUAUUAUUAUUAUUAUUAUUAAUUAUUAUUAUUAUUGAUAAUAUUAUUACUACUAUGUGUACAGAAGUGUUUUUAUUUUUCAGAAGAGAGGAAAUUUGUCACAUUGUGAAUGUUGUGUGUAUUUCUCUACAUGUGUGUGAGACGGAAACGAUAAGUGAAAUGGCUUUUUUUUUAUGUUGUUCCUCUAUUUUUUAUGAUUUGAAGCAUCUUUUUUCCCUUUUUCAGUGUAUAUUGAGUUACAUGUUGUCAAGUGGCUGAAGCCCCUCUAACGAUAGCGCUCAUGUAAAAAAAAAACAAACUCAAAAACAAACAAAAAAAACAAAAGCAACGAAGAAGAAAAAUUUACAACGUCUCGGCAUCCUCAAAGAGAAACUAAGGCUUUAAACCACACAGAGCACCUCCUCCCUCUGUCCAGGCCCUCGCUGGUGGGCGCUGGGCAGCACUGCACAGCUUAGCUCGGCUCGGCACAGCUUGGGUUCGCACUGACAGAAAGCCGCCAUCAGCAUUUCUUCAGAUAUAGCAGCAGCAGCAGCAGCAGCAGCAGCACUUGAGCAGCCAUUAGUUUUCUCUGGGUUCCCGACAUUAGCUUCAUUACACACAAACAAGGCUCUCAGCUAACCGGUGUUGUUCUUAUUGUCGUGAUCUCACCCGCCUCCAUAAUGAGUACCUGCUGGAAGCAGACGACGGCACGCAGGUGCCGCGGUGACGACUCAUCGGGACGAAAUAAUGAGUAUUAAUGUUACAUUACUGUAAUGUAUCGCGGCCGCGGGUUCUCAACAGCCCGGAUUGGACGAUUUAAGCGAUCCAGUUGAAUUUGUUGGUAGCUGAAGCGUAAACCCAGAGGCGGACGACUACCUCAUGACACGGUAUUGAACCUGCUCCCAGUUUUCUGGCGUGGUGAUAUUUAUCAGCUGACAGUGUUAAUUAAACAGGGGAUUCGCCGGUGAGACCAAGGUAAAGAUGAACCUUCGAGUCAGAUUCCUGCUAAGUGUCUCUGUGCUCGGCUCUGCUGUACGUCACCGCCCCGGCAUCGAUACUCGCAUCCCAUUAUUGCAAAGAGAUAAAAAUUGGCUGCAGUCCCCAACCUGUCAUCUCUACUGCAAACAUCCAUCAUACGUGAUUUUUUUCCGACUAGGCCAGUGUCACUUCCCUCUGUGCAUGUGAAUCAUAGAAAUUAGACUUUCUACUGUUAUAGUUCAUUGUGUGGAACCUUCAAUAAUUGUCAACCAGAACGUUCUCAGGGAUUUCUCUACACAGGAAGAAAAAAAAAAAAAUAGGUGGAACAAAUGAACGACUGACUUCAAGGAAAAAAAAAAAGACAAAAACACGACACAACAUGAGCGAGCAUUUAUUGUACUCUGUAUAUAUGCCAUAGUAUAUGUCUGAAUAUGGAGGAUCUGAAAGUAUAUGUUAACUAAUUUAUACAGAGUAUUCUAUGUAAUGUGAAAUACUUGAAGCCGCUGUAGUUUGCUCUCUCUCUCCCACUCUUCAUCUCUUUCUCUCUUUGGUCUUCUCUUUUUUAUUUCUCCUCUUUUCUUUUUCGUUGUUGCUAAAAACAGAACAUAUCAGAAGGACUAGCCUGACCUUGUCGACAGUUAGUUUUUUUUUUUUUUUUUUUUUUGUUUUUUUUAUUUGGGACUCACAAGACAAUGUGUUCGCGCUCGAGACGCUGGAUGCAGGUUGAGUCAGACCGGCGGAGGCGGUGGCAGAGAAACGCCUUGCUGACUGAACCGCUGAGAGGGGAGGGGGAGGUGGACGACCGUCGGGCCGUCGUGUCAAUACACGUUUUUGAAAACACAAUGCAGGAUUUCCUAAAGCACUUAUGCAUGUACGCUCUGUUCUACUAGCCCACUUUUCCAUGGGGUCUUGUUGGGAAAAAUACGUAGACACAUCUGGGGAGGAAAACAAAUCUCACGACUUAAAUGCAUUUGAAGAUAUCUUUUUUUUUGUCCGGCUGCCUCGCGUUGCAGAAAUAUAGCAGGAUUCAUUUAAUAGUCAUAAAACGCAGCCAAACUCACGUCGAUAAUUAUGCACAGGUUUAACACAUCAGCAUAACUACUCCAGUUCUUCUUGAGACUGCGUCUCCUCAGCGCUCCCUUCACACGCUGCAGAAUUUCCAGUGUCUCCUCUGCAAUGCUCAGCUCUCCUGUCAUUACUUGCCUUUUUUACCGUCUUCUUGUUAGUUUCUCUCUUUUUUUUUUCCUCUUUUUUUCCGUGUAUCUUUUUCUAUCUUGUGUUGAUGAAAGAUAAAAGCAGCCUUUUCUCUUGCCUUGUCUUAACGCUUUAAAGUAACCAAACAGAAGAUCUUAUCUAACAACCAAACGCGUUCUAAGAGGUGAGAGACAACCAACCUUGGUCCCAGCUUUAGUGUCCUUAAUUAGUAAGUGAAUGGCUGUGUAACUCAUGCUUUAACAAAGCAAUUCCUCACGUGUGUUUGGUGGGAAAAAAA